AUUUUCUUUUUCAGAAUUUUCUCUCUCUCUAUUUUUUUCCCAAAAGAAAAAAGAACACAAAAAUUCUAAAAUUUGAACCGAUAUUUGUACAUAUGGCCGCCGAUGUGAGUUCUUUGAUGAGAGUGAUGAACGGCGGAGAUUCGAACGAAUCAGCGACGGCGACGAAAUCGACGUCUCCGAUCACUCGGGACCUGCUUGGCGGGUGUUGUACCCUCGACUCCAAGGAGUUGGACCUCGAUUUGCAGGUACCUUGUGGCUGGGAAAAACGCCUCGAUUUGAAGUCAGGAAAAGUCUAUCUCCAGAGAUGCAACUCGUCCAACUCAUCAUCCUCCACGUCAGACCCAAAACCCCGGCCGCCAGCUGUCCCCUCCAAAUUCCAAGACCUCAAUUUCCCGCCCACGUCAUCAAAACCCACCACACUUGCGCUUUUCGAUGACGCCAGCUUGGACUUGAAGCUCGUGGCCCCACCACUCUCCGCCACGUCAGCAUCGAACUACCAAAGCGUGUGCACGCUCGACAAAGUUAAGUCCGCGCUCGAGAGGGCCGAGAAGGAGACUUUUGUUAGGAAGCGCUCAAUUUCUAUGUCGAAGUCAAAGUCAAAGUCAACUUCUCCUACUCGGUCAACCUCAUCAUCGUCCGUUGAUCUCGAACGUGAUGAUGAGGAGAGAUCGACGGCCUCGAUUGCGGCAGGAUGUCCCGGUUGCUUGCUUUACGUGUUGAUCUCGAGAGGAAACCCUAAGUGCCCGAGAUGCAAUAACGAGGUGCCAUUGCCGGGUUCGGUUAAGAAGCCGAAAAUCGAUCUUAAUAUGUCUAUUUGAAUUUUGAGGGUUUGGGGGUAGGGGAGGAACAAUUAAUU